AAGAUUAAAAAAUAUAUUUUGAAGUCAAAGAAGUUAUGGAAACAAAAAUUCUUAUUUCGGUUUGAUAUCCACAUAAAUACAACGAUUAUAAUUAUGGCCACCUAUUCUAAUGGAAUGUUCAAUGCAGCCAGUUUGGCAGCUGGCAGGGAAAAUGCGAGCCAAAAAGAUAGAAAAAGAUUUGUCGCUAAACUCAAGAAGUUCUUUGAUUUUACUCUUUUUGGUUAGAAGUUUUUCCGUAUGCAAUGCUGAUAUUACAUUAUUUUCUUUGGUUGAAGAAAUAGAGGUUAUUAAAAAUCAUGUAUUGACAACAUUGCUAAGCUAUCCAAAAGAAUAUAUUAUUUCAUUUGAAAUAAAACCAACUUCUUAUACAAACUUAGAUUGGCAAAACAUACUUCAUUUUACUACUGGCAAUGAUAUAGGGUACGCUGAAAGAAAUCCAGCUAUUUUUCUUGAUACUAGAGGAAUUUUGUUUAUUAUGUCAGCGAUCAAUGGGUCUACUAUUGCAACGGAAUUAAUUACGAUACCGUUAAAUACAUGGACCAAAGUUGUAAUAUCACAGUUGUUAUUUGGAGAAAGUUACGUUUACACAAUUAGUGUGAAUAACAGUGUGUUUUACACAACAUUUAACAACGAUGCACGCAAUUUUUCAAACGUUAUUGUUUAUGCAUGUGAUAAUUGGUAUAUGGCUUUAAUUGGAACUAUACGCAGUAUUACUAUUAUUCAAGUAACUACAGAUGCAAUACCUGAACACGCAUUGCUUUACCAUCCAAAAUUGAUAAUCAAUUUCAAUGGUUUUUUGAAUAGCACUUUGUUGACUUUGAAUUUAACAAUCAAUACUGGUUCUCAGCUAAGCGAAAAUGUUUAUAAUUUGACGAUUGGGUAUUUAAUGCCAUCGUUUUUGAAGCUAACAUUGCAAAACUCACAGACAAGAUUUGUACGAGAUAUUUCGCGUUCGUAUUUCCAAUGCGAUGGUUUAACAGUGGUCAAUGAGUCAAUUAUUCAUAGUGUCAGCGCCAUUGUAAUCAUUUCAAAUAUUCCCAGUAAUCGACAAUUUACUUUAUCGGUUCCUGCUAAUAUCUCAUUUGAAAAUUAUGCCGGUACACGUUGGGUUGAGUUUAAAGAAGUUCGAAUUGAAGCUCAAUUUCCAGAAAAAACUCCACUGCUUAUACUGAAAAACGUUCUUCCAGAAAGUUAUGGGCGCGGUGUAUAUUGGGAUUCAACAAAUUUACAUAUAUAUGUUUGCAUGAAUCAGAAUGUUGUCAGUACAGAAACAGCAUGUUACUACUCUAAAGACGAAGGUAAACAUUGGAAAGAUUUAGAUAUUUGCGUAGGAUCUAUAAUUGGACAUCAUUCAAUAACAAGAGAACUCUACGCCGUUCAUAAAAACCGAAAAACCUACUUAAAGUUUCACGGCACUUACAAAAAGUGGUUGGCUUUAACUAACAAUGAUUAUUUAGAGCAGGUCCAUAGGUAUAUUGAAUCAAGUAGACGAAAAAACUUAGAAGAUGACAGCGAUCAAGUAUUUUCACUUGGUACAAAUCAAUGGAUGGGCAAUUAUUAUGGAUUAUUUGUUCGUAAACAUUCAACUGAAGCUUGGGUCCAAAUAGUAAAAUGGAAUAGACAAUAAAUUGACAACUUUAGAGUUUAUAUUUGCUAUAUUGUUAUAUUAUUGUAUGAGCUAUGAUAAAAAUAAAAAUUUUUAUAAAUUAUUUUA